GAAAGCGCAGAGAAGACGACGCCGAAGGACGGUGAGAAAACCAGGAACUGUUAACCUCUCACAGGAUGGCGAGGGCGACGGAAAGGACAAUGAUGGCGGUGAUGAAAAAGAUCGAAUAAUCGGCGUGGGCACUCCUGGGGGACAGCCUGCAGGGGGCAGACUCUCCAGAAGAGAGGACACUACCAGGGGCAGGUGUGAGUGUGUGUGCCUGUGUGUGUGUGUGUGAGGGACAUUCAGGACACACUGGGACAGCGACCCCGGAAGUCCUGCUUCCUCCUGCAGUCAGACUGUCAGCACACACACACCUGCGGCGCUCUGGGUCGGGGGCGGGGCUUUAUUUCACACGUUAAAGUUUACAAGGAAGUCCUGACGGCGGUCGCACCAUCAGGAGGACCUUCAUCUUCCUGUGGCUGAACUGUGCCGCCUGCCUCUCCUUAGGCCACGCCUCCUCCAGGUGACGGACAGCUGUCCCUCCCGGUGUGACCUCUAUCAGGAGCCCGUCCAGACUCGCAGGAUGUAGGAACAGCGACGCCUCCUUUCCUCUUCCUGUUGACGUCCCGGUCCGUCUGCGCGAGUCUGAGCGUCCUACCGACAACAACAUCACUGUGUGUUCUUUUAUUCCAAAAAAGAUAUUUUGGCACUUUUUAUUUUGAAAGCCAUAGUAUAUUUGUUAUGAGAAGAAUAUAAAUAUAUAUAUAUAUGUAUACAAUCAAAUAAACAGAUGACCAGAGGCUAGUUUUUCCAGUGGGGGGAGGACGGCUCACACAAACACCGCUUCAUCCUCUGGAGAUCUGCUGAGGUGAAGGACCCUCUAAAGCCCACGUUCCUCCACGCUAAAAUACAAAGAGCUUUACAACCUACACCUCCACCACCGCCGCCGCCGCCGCCAUCACAUGACCGUCAUGGUUUCCCUCAGCGGCGUCUGAAUAUACUUUACAGAGCAGGGAGACUUUAGCUCUGAUGUGGACGACCUCAAAAAUACAGAAACGCCUCCUGCAGGGUGGAGAUGUUCAUCGGCGUGUUUGGAGUGAACGCAGAGAGAUUCUGGGCUAAAUUAACCGGGUUCCUGCAGCCGCCAUCUUUAGGUGAUGUCACACUCAGGGGGGGGAAGUCAAAUAUGGUCAUGUAAGAGUACUGUCGUCCAGGUCCAUGUGACGUAUAAACGCUGAUAAUCAGACCCAUUUCGAAAGCUAAGUGAUUACCGUAAAGAUGACCACCUCACCCCCAGAUUUGGGGUUAGAGGCGCCAGUGUUCAUGUUGCUGCCUCAUCCCGUUAAUUCGCCAACAACGCCAUAUUGAAGUUCUGUGCAUGACUCUGUAGUGGAGGUCACCACAUGGGUUCACAACCACGCCAAGAGGGAACUAAGACCAGGUCCUGUGAUCUGAUGAUCAGAAUUUUGAUGUCCUCCUUGGAGAUCAUCCUCUACUCCAGAGCUGGGCUCAGGUCCAGAGACUUUUCUGGACCUGAGCCCGUUUAAGAUGGACUGAGGGGACCUUACAAGUUAAAUCUGACAGUCUGUUUGGAGAUCAUGGACUUCCCUAAUCUUUAGAGGAGCUCAGAGUUCAGAGAAACCUGGUCUCCUGGGUCCUCUAAGGUUUACAGCGUGCUGUUGAAAGAGGAGCUGAGGACUCAGGAUCAGGUCUAAGGUCUCGUGAUUAUUGAGGUUUCUCAGACUUCAGACCUGGGACACCGGGGUAAUACACGUUGACCAUAUUUGGGUUUCCCAUCCUGAGCGUGGCGUCACAUAAAGAUGGCCGCCGUGGGAACUGAACCAGAUUUUCAUUCACCUGCCUGUGAGCGUUAUCAGCAUGUGAUUCCAUUUUAAAGAUUUUUUUUCCACCUAAUUCUCCCAAAAACAAACAUCCAGUUUACAUGAAAACACGACAUUCUUGUUUUGACUGAAGCCGGAGAUUUCUCCCCCCACUGUCGCUGUAAUGCCCCCCCUGCCCCCCUGAUGGCAGCGCAGGGUAGACUGCAUGCUGUGGUAUGCCCUCAGUAGAAACUUGUGAAUGUGUAGGAGCAUUAUUGCAAUUUUAUACUUAAUUGGACUCUUUUCUUUGCCACAUCUAGCUGACGUCUCAUCCCCCCCUCUGACCGGGUCAAUCAAAAGUCCUCAAAGCCAUACGUUUCAGUUUUUCCUUGUUUUUUGGGACGGUCCCCGAAAAAAAAGCUUUACUCCGAUUUUGUUCAGGGUGAGGAUUGGUGGGUCACAGUCAAGAUCUCAGAUCCCAGUUUUUCCACUUCUGGAGGGGAAGAUUUAAGUUUGGCAUAUGAGUGUGUGUGUGUGUGUCUGUGUGUGUGUGUGUGUGUGUGCGCACAGAGUCAGGUGAAUCCUGCUGAGCAGAUCUUGGUGUUUAACUGCAGAUUUUUCUAAUAAAUGCAUGAUUUUAGGUCAAAUCAAAGGUGAGCCGUGCAGAUCUCAGAGCAGGAUUUGGUCUACUCUGUCUGCGUGUGUGUCUAUGUAUGAGUAUGUGUGUGAGUGUGUGUGUGUGUGAGUGUGUUGUCCCAGCAGGUGAAAUGGUGCCUUUUGCCUGAUUGAUGUUGUGAUAAAUGGGGACCCUGCAGAGAUCUGGUCAGCAGCAGUUGCAAAAGUUUUUUUCUCCAAAGGGUGUCACUUAAAGGGACAGUUCGGUGUUUUUUAAAGAGAGGCUGUGUGAUUGACGUGUCAUUAGUCGGUGUUUUAGCCACGGUGGAUGUUGGUCAGCUCGGCUCCUUUAAACUGCAGAGAAAGUCGUCGUGUUAGCUAGGCUACAGUUUGUGUUGUAAUUUAGCUCAUUUUGAAAAGCUGUGAACAAAACACUCAUCUUGUUUCAAGAGAGAUUUCUUCUGCACUUUUCCAUCAGAAAACUCUUUUUUUUUCUGUAUUAUUUGCAGAAACAUGUUCCUCCACAUUCAGCCAGAUCUGAUAAUCAGGUCUAGGAUUCAUGAGUCACUGAAAUACUGUGAAUUUUGAUCUUCUUGCAUCGCAGUUUUACAUAAUAUUGAUCACCAAACACCUCAGAUCAGCCUGUGGUGUGUGCAGAGUUCAGUUUUCUACCUUGUCCUUCACGUCCAAAACCUCCGUCCUCUACAAACCCUGAUGAAAAAACUUCCUCUGGUGUCGAAGUAAAACACGGAGAAGUUUCUCUUCGACCAAGAUCAGCAUUUGGAUCAGAGUCUCUUAGAGUUACAAAACAGAAAACUGUAGCCUAGCUUGCGUGCCGAUCCUCCCUGUAGUUUCUCAAUAAAGGGGCGGAGCUUAUUAUCAUCUAUUGUUGCUAAAACACUCAUCAGUGGCGUGUUACUCUAACAACCUCACCUCAGAAACAUUGAAAUAUCCCUUUAAAUGCUUGGAAACGUAAAUCUUCUAGUUCACCUGUGAACAGGUAUGUGUGUGUGCGUGUGUUUGUAUGUGUGUGUGUGUGUGUAUGUGUGUGUGUGUGUGUGUGUGUGUGCACUGGGGGCAAAGUUCAGAUCACCAUAUUCAUGAAUCCUCGGCCCCUGGUCACCGCCUUGUCGAUAGCGCUAAAAAUCAAUUCCGCCCACAUCCCACUUCAUGGCAGUCAUCGUUUUUCCCUGAAUAGGCCGACUUUCACACUCUCACACACACGCUCACACUCUCACACACACAAGUUCACACACACACACACACACAGUGAGGACGGUGUUUCCUUGGAGAUGUACCGUGGGAGGUGAGAGAGUCGAGGCCUCCGUCUGCAGUCCAAUCCUCCCCUCUGCUGUUUUUUUCUCGCCACACUUCUCUCCAUCUUCACCUCCUCCUCCUUCUUCUCACGCCAUCCACCGUUUACUGCCUUUGUUCUUUUUUUCUCCUUAUUUUCUAAAAACAAAAUAUAUCAAAUAUAGGGAAACUUUAUUAUAAAGAGGGUGUUGCAUGAAUGUAUGUUUACAUGAGAAAUUAUGUGAAAAUAAAAAAGAUUUAUCAAAAUAAAAAAAACUGCAAAGAUAAUUUAAGAACGUUGUUUGUAGAGAUUCUAGUUCUAACGGGGCGGCGGACAGGGCUGCGUCUUUAGGAUCCGCCCUGCCCAAUCUGACUUCAAUCCCAGCCAACCAACUGCUCAAACCUCAUCCAACCUCACCCCCAUCUGCGCCUGAUUUACCCCUCAAACCCCCACCCGACCAACCGACCGACACACCCACACCCUCCAUCCUCGGUGCUCCACCUCAGAACGAGGAGACCUCCGGACCUCAGAGUCCACGGAGGAGAACUGUCGAGCUUUUCCUUGCCCCUCCUCUCCCGUCAUCUCCAUCCACCCAACGCCUUUUUUUUUUUCUCCAGAGAUCACGUUCCUCUUCUUCUUCUUCUUCUUCUUGGUUUGAAUGUGUGCUCUGUUUUAAUGCAUUGUUUGUGUGCAUUUACGAUAUGUUUCAAAUGCCUAAGGAGUGACGCAGAAUCUAGGAUUGAAAUGAUCUUGUUCUCCAUUCGGACCUCUUAUUUUAUUGAGUUUGUUCUCGUCUAUUUUUCUUCUGUUGACAUAUGAUGCUGUAAUGUUGGCAAAAAAGAAAAAUGUAAAAUCCUGUAUCAUUUAUGAAAUAUGUAUAAAAGAGAUAUGUAAUUCAAUUAUCAAUAAAAUCCUUAUCCAGUUUUUGGAGACGCGGGUCCUCUGGGGAUUUGUUGUUGUUGUUGUUGUUGUUCUCCAGGAUUAAUGAGUUCAUUAUGGAGAUUUACAAGAAACAGCUUUUCAAGGUCUUCACCGUCUCCUCCGGUUCUCCUUGGCCUCCGGCUCAUCCUGCACAGGACAUCCUAAGAGAUAGACCUGCGAGGGCGAGCUGUUUGUUUACAACCAGAGAGAGGACCUGGACUUUGUUCAGGACUCAGAGUCCCUCCCAAAGAUCUGGAUCUGUUAAUCGUUAAAAGAGGAACAAACGUCUGUUUUUUUUUCUUAAAACCCUAAAAAUAAUGUUUAAGAAUUUAAGACACAAAAAACAAAAAAAAAACUGAGCUCAGAAUAACAAAUAAGAACCAGUUUUAACCGUCAGAGGACCCUCAUUAAACAGACACACCGCCGGCACUUUUAAAGUUUUAUUCAAAGUUUAAUUUAAAGUCGGGGAAAGAACUUUUUUUAUCAUUAAAUUGGUAGAUCUGAAACUUUACUCUGUUUCAUACGCUGGAAGAGCAUCCAGAGGGAAAUCUUCAACAAACACUUUUUAAGAUUUUAAUUCAUUAUAAGAACGUCCAGAGGAGGUUUUUCUAGGUAAUAUAAAUAAAAAAGGAUCUAGAGGGAACCGUUUCUAUGUUUUAUAUCCUGAGAGGGAAUCUAGAGGGAACGUAUUCUCUAUAUUAUUCAUUAAAGAGCGUUCAGAGACCACUUUUCUUCAUUUACUUUUGUGGAAGGGCAUCCAGGGAUAAAUUCACCAUGAGUGAAUUAUCUGUGGCGGCAACCAUACUGCGCUUUUUUAACAUUUUUAAUACAGGAUGAGUUAUUAAAGAAUAGUUUUUCAUUGUUUUUCGACUGGAAGGGCAUCCGGUGGGAGUUCUUUUUUAUUAUAUGAUGGAAAACUUUUAGAUGGCGAGAUUUGGAACUUUAUCAAUCAGAAGAGCAUCCAGAGAGCGCCAUCUUUAUGACAUUUGAAUGUACUGGACGGUAAUCCAGAGGACGCUUCUUUUCU